CUGCACACUCAAUAAAGGCACAUGCAUGACACUUAGAAAACACACACGCAUGCUGUGGCCCUGGCUGUUCCUCAGUUUUAUUCAUUUUGCUCUCUUCCUCACCAACACAUUCAGUGAGGACUUCCAUUCGCUCAGUGACACUUUGUAAUUCAGUUUUCAUUGUAGUUGAAAUUGAAUUUAAAAUCAUUUUUCUUCAUUCCACAUCUGCCAACAUGGGCCUUCUGGCUGCUGUUGUUCUCUUGACCUUUCUUGAUUCCAUUUUUUGUGAACAGUUUCUGGCAACUUUCAACAUGGGUGGAGUUACUGGAAAGGUGUGGUUUAAUGGCACUUCGCAGACAGCUACUGUCAAUGUGACUGGCACCGGAUCCUGCUCUUCCCUGAAUGCUUCCCUCAGUGUGUUCCCUGUCAUGUACGGCCAUUUUCCUGAUCCCUGUUCUGAAGCAAAUAUCGGCUCUAGUAUCCACACCUUCACAGUUGACCCAACCUCAAACGCUGCCAUCAAUGUGUCCAGCUUGUUUAACCAAAGGUCAAACCUGGCUGACUUGUCACUGACUAUAUACACUUGUAAUGGCACCAAAGUGUGUGCAGUUGUGAGUCAAGAAAAAACUGUCAUGACAAGUCAGGCCAGAUUCAACGGUCUCAUUGCAGGAAACAUUUACAUCCGGUUUAACACAGGAGUGACCAACACCAGGCUUCUUACAGAUCUAGUUACAAAUAGUCAGGCCACACAAACUAAUAUCACUCUUCAUGGAUCUGCAACCUCUGCCACGAGCUGUGACAGCCUUCUAGCAAACUUAAAUCCAUCAACUUUGAUUGUGCUAGGUGUUGUGAGGGUUGGCACACCUCUGCAACCUGCAAAAUCCCGACUGGACCUGUCAUCAUUCAACAAUUCCACUUUGUUCCUUGUCCUUAAUAUAAGCUCAGGUUAUCGUUGUGCUCAGGUCUAUACUGUCAAAGAGAAACAAGUGAGUGCACCUGUGAACAUGAGAGGAAUCAAAGGAUAUUUCCAAUUCCGUCAGGCUUCUCAACUUGAUGUGACAGAAGUGAGGAUAAAUCUGACCAACUUACAGGGAAAAGUAGGGUCAUAUCAUGUCCACCAUUUUCCCAUACAGUACAGUUGGUUGCCUCGUUCUGCGGUUUGUUCAGUGGAUAAUGUUGGUGGGCAUUGGAAUCCAUUCAUGCUCAAUCGGAUGGACUCUACAUAUCCAAAUGGACCAGGGUCAACGCAUGACAUGUAUGAGGUUGGUGACCUCAGCACCAAGCAUGCUUCCCUUAUGGGUAAAAAUGAGACAAACAUGAUGUUCACUGACUUCAACCUUCCUCUCUUUGGAUGGAACAGCAUUGUAGGCCGACCAGUUAUCAUUCAUCUUUUAAAUGGCACAAAUUAUGUGUGCGCCAACAUUGGCUAUCCUGGUGAAGUGGUAACAGCCAGAGCCCGAUUUCAGAGCCUUGUAGUUGGUGAAAUUUGGUUCACCCAGCUGAUGAACAACCCUCUGUCUGAUGUAUCUAUCUUUAUGGAUUUGGCAUAUGGAAAUCCCAAUACAGCUGCCACAAAAAACCACAACUGGCAUGUUCACAUGUACCCUAUCAGCUCAGAGAGGGAUGAUGAUGAUCGGCGCUGCAGCACAACAGGGGGUCACUGGAACCCAUUUAACAUUAACACAACAGACAUCAGCUAUGCCAUGAACUGUGGCCGAUUCACCCCACUAUCCUGCGAGGUGGGAGACCUCACCGGAAAACACAGCACCAUCAACCUUAACAGUAAUGUGGGUGGAGUGGAAGCAAAAUACUUCUUUACUGAUGUUAAUUCCUGGUUACAGCCAGGAGUGAUUGGCCGUUCUGUAGUCAUUCAUGCACCGGAACGAGGUGGACCAAGAAUUGAUUGUGCAAACAUUACCAUGGUGCGAUUUCCCAAAGCAAAUACAGGUUCCUGGUUAGGUCCUUCGAUGGUGACUGGGGAGCUGAAGUUUUCUGAAUCUGUCCUACAAGGUCCCACUAAGAUAGAUGUGUCUCUGAUGAACCUGAACGAGGCUGGUGGCUAUCAUGUUCACAUGUUGCCCAUCAAGAAUAGCAGCUCAGAUCCAUGCUCCAAUGCAAACAUUAUGGGCCACUACAACCCACUGGGCAUUGCCAUAUCAAAUUCCCCAUUGCCUGGAACUGGAACUGUGGAUGAGUAUGAGGUUGGAGACAUCAGUGGGAAGUUUGGAUUGCUAACUAACCUCACAAUGCUUCAGGAUGUGUUCAUGGAUGCCAACUUGCCAUUGGCAGGGCCAUAUAGCAUAGUGGGAAGGUCAAUGGUGCUCCACCAUACCAACGGAUCCAGAAUACGGUGUGCAAACAUCACAUCUGACAAUGGCACAGAUGGUCAGUGGAUAUCAGCGAAGGCUGUCUUCACUGAUACAGUAAAUGGGGAAGUAAGACUGCAUCAGCUGGUAUUUCCUGAUGGGAGUAGCCGUGAUGCCAUAUUGGAGGUUGAUGUUCAAACCGCUGAGAGAGUAAGUAUACAGGUCUAUGCUGAUGCAUCCACAAACACAUAUAUUCAUGAGUAUUUAAAAUAUUUAAAUGGAAAAAGAAAAAGUGCACUCAGAGCACAUACCCCUCUGCCAGGGAAAUCAUGGUCAACCGUGACUGUCCCAACAAACUGACAGGAGAGUGGUUUUUAUCCUUUAGUAUGUU